CACACACACACACACACACACACACACACACACACACACACACACACACACACACACACACACACGGGAAGCAGCACAAUAAAAGUGGAAGGCUGUGCAGAGAGCAAACAGGGCAGAGGACUGAAGACACCCGGUUGGACAAGCGAGCAGCUCUGACAGACAACAGACGAGAAGAUGAUGAUGAUGAUGAAGAGCCCCGUCACUAUGGCCACCUGCCUCUUGCUUUUCUCAUCUCUUGCCAUUUUGGUCAAAGAAAUUUCAGGCAGCCACAAUCCAAACUUGUGCUGCUUUGGGUUUUCCUCUACACCUCUGAUUACGAGCCAAGUGGUGAGAGUCCACAAAACAGAACCCCUGUGUCCGAUGGARGGUGUGAUCUUUGUGAAGAAGAAAGGCAAGAAACUGGAGAGGGUAUGUGUGGAGCCGUCUCAGGAGUGGGUGAAGAACAUCAUGAUGGAGAAGGAGAACCAGAAACCUGUGAGAACUCGUGGGAGGCCCUGACGAAAGGUCCGCCGAAGAGAUCCAUUAUAAGCUUUCUAUUUUUGUACUGAGAACRUUUUAAAAUAUUACAAAUAAAUGCAAAACUUUU